CUUGGAUCCAUCAAACUCCAGACGACCAACACAUCAAGCCGCCUAUCCACACCCUCAUCUAAUUUCCUCUUCCUUCGCUUCAUAACAUAUGUCAGUUUAAGGGGAUGAUCCAGUAUAUCCAUCUCGGCCACGCUGCGUUUGCCUUUAUUGCUUCAUAAUGGCUACCAACUCUGCCCAGAAGCGUGUCAAAACAGGCGAUGAACGUAGACCAGAGUGCAAGCGCUGCGAGAUAGCUGGCCGACCAUGUUCCUUUCCUAGGGCAGCUAGCCCCGACAACUUUAAUGAGGUUGCCUUGGUAGAAAAUGAGUAUUUCGACUUUCCAGAAGAUCACGUCUGGGUCAAGAUUCCGUCUUCUUUGCGAUUUGCCCAUCAUGUACGAAGAAAAUCGCGUAGAAUCAGCCGAGCUCUUAACAAAAUAGAAGACGACGCAGAUUCAGUUCUUAUUAAUUCAUCAGACGACCCACCAAGCUCCCCGAGACCAGCAUCUCAGUUUUCUAGCCAGACAGAACCGGAGCCUGGAUUCCUCCAUAUAUCCCUUCCACCGGUUUCACAUUUCCUUUUCGAAGAUAUUUCGGAUAGCCAAACUACAAGUACUCCUAUUGGGAGCCUGGCAGAAGCUCUAUACUCAACACUGCCCAUAUAUCUUCCACAGCUCCGAGGGCCUUUGAGAGACCCGGAACAAGCGCGUCUGCUGACUGUCUACACGGAGCACUUAAGCGGAUGGUUGGCACUGAACGAUCCGAGACAUCACUUCUCAGCAUCCGUACCUCAGCUGGCCAUGAAAUGUCCCAUGCUCCUUGAUGCAAUCUUUGCAUUCUCGGCGCGAUAUUUGAGCCGUUCCGAUCAAAAUAUCAGCCCUCUCGUGGCAGAUGAAUAUCAUUAUAGUUGCGUUUGCCGGCUUAUUGCGGCAUUGAAAGAUAUUGCGUGUGCGUCCGAGAGUGCAUUGGCGCUGUCGACGGUCAUUCUACGAAUGCACGAGAUGCUGAGCGAUCGCAAUGCCGAGGUCGAUCUGCAGCGUCAUUUGAGAGGUUCUCUAUCUCUUUUCAGUUAUAAUGCAAAUAAGUUUGGCCCAGGAAGCCUCAAGCACACUGCAUUCUGGACAUAUGUCCGCCAGGAGAUCCUAACCGCUCUUCGCGGCUGCUCCCCGACCAAUAUUGACACGUCGGAUAGAACGUAUUACGUCGUUUUUGACGGAGAUACGGACGAUGAUUGGACUAAUAACAUCAUUUGGCUCACAGCACGAGUAAUCAACCACUACUUUGAUUCGUCCGUUUCCACAGCAACUUCUGUCCAUCAAGAGAUGCUGGUCACUCUUGUGGACAACUGGAAGGAGAGGCUCCCUGAUACCUUUAAUCCGCUUUCCAUGGUUAUGGAUGACCAUCCCUUUCCGGCGAUCACAUACACAUGCAUUUGGCACAAUGUGGCAAUGCAGUUUUUCCAUCUUUGCAAAGUCAUAUUUACCACUUCCAAUCAGUCUAGUAAAACGAACCCGGAGAGUCUGGAUACUGCAGAAGCUGUCAAGCACACCAUUCAGAUCUGUGGGAUUGUUCGUGGAUUAUUUUCAUAUAAAGAGUGUCGAUACCCUGGGGCUCUGGUGAAUGCUGCGGAAAUAUUAGCAUACUGUGGCCGUACACUAAGAGAUGUUAAAUCCCAGUCGUACCUACUAGGCCUACUUCAUCGCAUCGAAGCUGAGACGACAUGGGAUGUAACCCAGACAGUUGAGAAGCUAAGGGAGACAUGGAGUGAUGUUCUCAACUGACUGAGUGCUUAUAUCCUGUAAACAUAGAUAGAUACACGCAACAUAGAUACCCCCUGAAUGCAACUGGUUUUAUUACAUCAAUACAAGUUUCGAUUUCGGAGCC